AUGCCAGUUCCUAGUCGCUCACGUGUAUAUGCGGAUGUAAACAGCGAAAAACCGCGGGAAUACUGGGACUAUGAAUGCCAUAUGAUAGACUGGGGUAAUAUUGACGAUUAUCAACUAGUGCGGAAAUUAGGCCGUGGAAAGUACAGUGAGGUUUUUGAAGGAGUUAAAGCACCUUUGGAAGAGAAAUGUGUCAUCAAGAUAUUGAAGCCUGUUAAAAAGAAGAAGAUCAAGAGGGAGAUUAAAAUUCUUGAAAACCUCCGAGGCGGGACCAAUAUUAUUGAUUUAUUGGACGUAGUGAAAGAUCCCAUUUCCAGAACGCCAGCUCUUGUUUUUGAGUACGUUAAUAACACUGACUUCAAGGUUUUAUAUCAGACGUUAACAGAUUUUGAUAUUCGAUAUUACCUUUAUGAGCUUCUAAAGGCACUGAAUUAUUGUCAUUCUAUGGGCAUAAUGCACAGAGAUGUCAAACCUCACAAUGUUAUGAUAGACCAUGAACGUAGAACCUUACGUCUCAUUGAUUGGGGUCUUGCGGAGUUUUACCACCCUCAUCAGGAAUAUAACGUUAGGGUUGCUUCUCGUUAUUUCAAAGGACCUGAGCUUCUAGUUGAUUAUCAGUGUUAUGAUUACUCAUUGGAUAUGUGGAGUUUGGGUUGCAUGUUUGCUAGUAUGAUUUUUAGGAAAGAACCGUUCUUUCACGGUCAUGAUAACUAUGAUCAGCUGGUGCGUAUAGCUAAAGUUCUGGGUACAGAAGAACUGUUCGAGUAUAUUGAUAAAUAUCAAAUUGAAUUGGAUCCUCGAUUCAAUGAUAUAUUGGGGAGGCAUUCGAAAAAGCGUUGGGAGCGCUUUGUACAUACUGAGAACGAGCAUCUCAUUACUCCAGAGGCUAUUGAUUUCCUUGAUAAGCUGUUACGUUAUGAUCAUCAAGAUAGGUUAACUGCUAAGGAAGCCAUGAAACAUCCUUAUUUCUACCCCGUACUUGAAGCUGAGCGCGAACGAUCCAAACAGGAGAGGCAGAUUGGGCAGCAACCGACUAUGAGUUAG